AUGGAGGCGGUGAUAGAGCAGCUGAUGAUGGAAUUGGUAGUACCCCUGUGCCAUCCUGAGCUGCCACGGCGUCUUGGGGUUAGGCCUGUUGCUGGGCUGCUGCUGCACGGACCGCCUGGCUGUGGAAAGACCACCCUUGCACAUGCCAUUGCCAAUGAGACUGGUGUGCCAUUCUACAAGAUCUCGGCCCCUGAUGUCGUGUCUGGGGUAUCUGGGGCUUCUGAGGAAAACAUCAGGGGCCUGUUUCAGAAGGCAUAUAGGACAGCUCCUUCAAUUGUGUUCAUAGAUGAGAUAGACGCAAUUGCAUCAAAGAGGGAGAAUCUGCAACGGGAGAUGGAGCGACGGAUAGUUACCCAACUGAUGACAUGCAUGGAUGAAUUCCACCAGAAUAUUGGCGGCGGUCACUCUGAUGCCGAAUCAUCUGAAAAGAAACCUGGUUAUGUUAUUGUCAUUGGAGCUACAAACAGGCCUGAUGCUGUGGACCAAGCUCUGCGAAGGCCGGGAAGGUUUGAUCGAGAGAUAUCUCUUGGUAUUCCAGAUGAACAUGCACGGAAACAGAUACUGAAGAUGCUUACACAGAACCUUCGACUUGAAGGCCAAUUUGACUUAUUCAAGAUAGCAAGGGCCACACCAGGUUUUGUUGGUGCUGACUUGAAGGCUUUAAUCGAUAAGGCAGGUAAUCUGGCAAUGAAGAGAAUAAUUGAUGAAAGAAGAGUUCAGUAUUCUCAUGGGCAUGAUGGAAACAACAAGCCUGACUGGUGGAGACAACCUUGGGAUGUAGACGAGGUGGAGAGCUUACAUAUUACCAUGGGUGACUUUGAGGAAGCAGCAAAACUGGUUCAACCAUCUUUGAGAAGAGAAGGUUUUUCUUCUAUCCCUGAUGUCACAUGGGAUGAUGUUGGAGGUCUUGAUUCAUUGAGGAGAGAGUUCGACCGCUGCAUUGUUAGAUGUAUUAAGAAUCCUGAAGAUUAUGAGGCAUUUGGAGUGAAUUUGCAAGCUGGCUUCCUGCUGUUUGGACCUCCGGGUUGUGGGAAGACACUAAUAGCAAAAGCAGUGGCACAUGAGGCAGGGGCUAAUUUUAUUCAUAUUAAGGGGCCUGAGCUAUUGAACAAGUAUGUUGGGGAGAGUGAAUCAGAAGUUAGGAAAGUAUUCAUCCGUGCACGCACUAACUCUCCAUGCAUACUUUUUUUUGAUGAGUUACUUACUGAACUUGAAGAUCAACGUCAAGGUGUUUAUGUCAUCGGAGCUACAAACAGAAUUGAUGUGAUAGAUGAUGCUUUUUUGCGGCCUGGUAGAUUUGGGAAGAAACAUUAUGUACCUUUACCUGGUGCUGAUGAACGGGUUUCAGUAUUAAAAGCAUGUGCUCGAAGCAAACCCAUCUCCUCAGGUGUUGAUUUGGAUGCAUUGGCACGUCGAGAGGAAUGCAGCAAUCUCACUGGUGCUGACCUAGCAUCACUGGUGAAUGAAGCAGCCAUGGCAGCAUUGGAAGAGAGAUUGGAAAUCCUUGAGAAUGGCACAUCGUCAAUGAGUUCAUCUUGUUUGAUUGAACUAUCGCACUUUGAACAAGCUCUAUCGAAGGUGAAGCCAUCAGUAUCUGAACAGCAAAGGAAACAUUACGAGGCACUGUCGAAGAGGUACUCGUCAAACUGAUGGAUCACCAUGCAUUCAUCUUGGUGUGUGUAUAGCAACCUUCUGCAAAGUAUGUCCAUGCUAUGAACUUCGUGGCUUUAUUUAUUGGACCAGCUUUGACUCAC